CAUUUCGUCGCCAGUGGAUGCUGUCAAAAAAGUAACGCGGAGUUUUAUCUUCAUUCAUUCAUAACUUAUUUCUUUCAUUUGUUUCUGUGUAAUUAUUUUAAUUUCAUCCUGGCGUCCAUAAUUAUUUUAGUAUGUUGUUCUGUGGUUCUUUUACCUUUGGCAAUAUUGUUUGGCUUGAUUUAUUUUCUGUCGACGGAACUGCCGAGCUUCAAGGUUUUACGUAAUACAUUUGUAAGGGACAUAAGGACUGCAUAUGUCUAUUUCAGAUUUCUGUUUCACUUGAAAAAACUUCACGCACUCAAUCAUUCUGUAGUGGAUCGUUUCUCAAUUACCUGCAAGAAGUACAGAAAUGAUGUUUGUUUCAUUUACCAAGAUGAAGAAUGGACCUAUAAACGAGUGGAUGAACUGAGCAAUAAAAUUGCAAACUGCUUUUUGUCCCGAGGUUACAAAAAAGGAGAUGAAGUUGCUCUUUUUAUGGAAAACUGCCCCGAAUAUAUCUGCACCUGGCUUGGUUUAGCAAAAAUAGGAGUGGUCACUGCUUUAAUUAACACGAACAUUCGAGAAGAUGCUUUCGGACAUUCCAUCAAUAUACUCGACAUAAAAGCUAUCAUAUUUGGUUCAAAUUUUGUGGAAGCUAUAAGAGAUGCUAUUCCUUUCCUGAAAGACAAGGAGAGAAUGGAAUAUUACAGUUAUGCAGAAAAGAACCAAAACCAGGUUGUUUCCACAGCAUUCCCCUGCAAGUCUUUGAAUGCUCUAUUAGAUGACGCAUCUCCCCAAAAAGUUCGUUUAAGUUAUCCAAAACCAGGCUCUCAAGAUAAAUUAUUGUACAUCUAUACAUCAGGUACAACAGGUUUGCCGAAAGCAGCAGUAAUUCGGCACAGUAGGUACCUUUGGAUAGCGACAGCAACAAAAUUUCCGUGUCGACUCAGGAAAUAUGAAACAUACUACAAUCCAUUACCUCAGUACCAUGCAUCAGGAGGUGUAUUGAUGUUGGGUGUUGUUUUGAUAUUUGGCGGCAAAAUGGUGAUACGAAAGAAAUUCUCUGCAUCCAACUUCUGGAAAGAUGUCUCAAAGUAUAAAGUCACUGUGACUCAGUAUAUCGGAGAAAUUUGUCGAUAUCUUCUAAACCAACCAGUGACUCCGGAAGAAACUCAACAUUGUUUGAGACUAAUGGUCGGGAACGGCCUAAGGCCUCACGUUUGGAAAGAAUUCAAAGAUAGGUUUAGAAUCAAAGAAAUCAUCGAGAUUUAUGGGGCAACUGAAGGAAACACUAAUAUUGCUAACCUGUUCGGAAAAGUAGGGGCUGUCGGAUAUUUUCCAAAAGUAAUGCAGCGUCUUUUCCCAGUUGAACUCAUGAAAAUUAAUCCCGAAACUGGUGAACUCCUGAGAGACAAGAACGGACUCUGUAUCAGAUGCAAACC